GAACGCGGCUUAUAAGCAGCAUCACUACGCGCUAGGCCAGACCGGACGGAUUAAGUCCAAGUAGGUAACCUAAGUUUUUAAUUUUAUUUGGUUCUAGGCUAUAUCCUUUUUUAUGCCACGAAAGCGGUCACCGCAACCUAUGGAGGCAUGCAACUCAAGGGGCAACUAUGGACGCAUGCAACAUGCGCGUUGCCGACCCAUUAGAAAUUUUAAGUACACUCCUUUUUUGAAGAAUCCCAUACUGUAGUUUCUCUUUUAUGUCUAGAUUGCCCAAUGCCCAGUUUGCCCACGCAUGCGUCUUAGCUCGGCGGCGCUGCAUUCCCUGCAUCAGUGCAGUACUGCCAAGCUACAGAAAGGUUAGGUUCGUCUAUGUCUGAAAGGUUGAACUCCCGACACUGAAUAUUGAAGUUUUAGGUACUGCAAAAAUCUGAUUGCUAUACUGUGUUUGCCUCUUUAUCAGUGUAGGUGGAUCAAGUGAGAGAGAAGCAAUGAUAUAAACAAAGUGGUUUUGGUUAUAGUCACUGUAGUUUUAAAGGCCGGCCGGCGAAGAUCGAAAAGUAAACAUAGUGUUUUUAUUAUGGCUGUAGAACUAUCUCCGUAUAACUCUCAUCGCACAUCAAAAAUUAAUAUUGCUGUUACAGAGGAGACAGUCCCAGAUAAUAUAGAUGGAUCCAAAGUAUUUUUCAACAAAACUAACAAUACCAUUGAUGGCAAAAUUACUUAUAUGGAUUUCAUACAAAAGAUAACCAAAGGAUUAGUUGACUGUGACAAUGGACCCGAAAUCGUAGGAGAAUCUGUUGACGACCAAACUAUUAAUAUCGUGUUCGUACAUAAGGUUGCAAAAAGGAGUGUUCCAAAUGACGACGAUGGAGUCAACUACUACUUUAAAGAUAAAACUACUCGUAUCGGAUUCAUACAAAAGGUGCUGAGUAUAAAAUUGCUGCAAAUGCUCUUAGUGACUCUAGUUCUGGGCAUCUUUGUAGCAGCCGAAGAGAGGAUCUAUUGGGCAAUAACAUAUAAUCACACUCAAGUACAUAACAUUAUACUAUCCACGCUACUAUUCAUCGCUACAACUACGCUCCUGAUAUAUUGUAAUAAGACCAGGCAUGAAAACCCAUACCGAUAUCUGUUCCUAACAAUACAUCCGUUAAGUUUCGCAUUUUUCGUCAGUUUCCCGACUAUUUACUUGAAGUUUUUGUGUCCGUUUGCAGUAGCUUGGGCAACCUACAUCGCGGCACUGUUUUCAGUGCUGUUCUAUAGCGUCUUCGCAUUGCAAACAGAUUUGGAGUUUGCUGCCAGACACAGUACUGCACUUUCUGCUAUCACGCAGAUAAUUGUUUACGCUAUCACCGUCCCUUUCAUCCACGUGGACGGAUUCGGCGCUCUAUAUGUCGCUCUCUUUCUCUCCCUUGACUACAUUUACAUCUUUUUCGACUUGGAGAUCAUGACUACUAAGAAGUACUGGAAUGACGUCACACCUUCUGAUUUUAUUGAUGCAGCUAUAUAUCUGCAUUUAGAUUAUUAUUAUAUAUUUAAGAAUGUCAUUGUACCUAGUUUUAAAAAAAGUACAGAAGCCCCAGAAGUAGAAUCAAAGUGUACAGAUUUUGAAGACGCUUUGAACUGAAGGUUAGAUAAAAAAAAAUGUUUAAAAAUUCUCAAAGUAAGCUAAGCUAUAACCUACCUACAUAUCAAGAAGAAUAAAAUUCCUAAAGGGAAUUUUAGAAUAAUUCGCAAAAUAAGAAU